CCUGCUCUUAAGAAAUGCUGCUCCGCAUCGCAACAAGCUUUGAUACAGCUUAGGUGAUCAUGUCUUUAUCAUUGUCGCAUAACCUGAGACUCCGCGCCCGUGCGGUCAACCGAUCCCAGUGUAGAGUAUCAGCGUCACUGUCUCAGCACCGCAGCGCACGAGUGGUACUAGUUGCUAGUAAGAAUCCUGUUAAGGUGAAUGCUGUGCGCAGAGCCCUCCAAAGCUGUUUUCCCGCGUUAGAGAUAGUCGUCAUCGGGCGCGAGGCGUCUUCAGGUGUUCCAGAGCAGCCCUUUGGGGAUGAGGAAACUCUUGCGGGGGCCAGGAACCGCGUCGCCUCCCUGCUACGCGAUGGGCCCCGUUCCAGCCGCCUCCUCUCGAGCCACACAGCCCCCUCACACUCCACCACCUCCAACCCCCUGAGCCAACCCAAGGCCGCUCGCAGCAACAAUGGGGCCAAAGAAUUCAACGCAACUAGCCGCAGCGCCACCAAUUUGGAAACCCACCAGCCAUCAAGCAGCCCAGCUCCCAGCCCAGCUCCCAGUCCCGGAUCUCCUGCACCAUCAGCAAACGCUGCCGCUGCCGCCCCUGCAAGCGGUCCAGUGGUGGCGGCGAAUUGCGACUUGCUGGUGGCGAUAGAGGGCGGCGUGGGCCCCGCGGAGGCACCGGGGCAGGCGGGGCGGCUCGAGUGCUUCGCGUGGGUAUGCGCCACGGACCCGCAGACGGGUGCCGAGAGCACUACGCGCUCCGGCUCCUUCGCUCUGCCCCAGCCGUUGACUGAUCUGGUGUUGGGGCGUGGCAUAGAGCUGGGUAAAGCCGUCACCGCGGUUUUCAGCAGCAGCAAACUCGUCGGCAAGAAGGGCGUUGGCACCAUUGGCAUGCUGAGUAACGGCGUCCUGGACCGUACGGAGUACUAUGUGCAGGCAACUGUUUGCGCGAUGCUGCCGUACAUGCAGCCAAAGCUGUACGGCAGCGAAUACGAAAGAUUCUUGGGAUCGCAGCAAUGCGGCGGGAGCAGGAGUGCUGGAAACGGCGCUCACGAAGGAGUCUCUGAGGGAGCGACGUUGUUGGGUAGCGUUCAAUCGGUUGGAAACACGUUUGGAAAUGGGAAUGGUUGCGCGUGAGGUACGCAUACAGACGUGUAAGGUUGUUAGCAGCAUAGACUGGAGGGCGUUAAUUAUCCACUUAUGUAUUUCCAUUCUCGCGAUCGAGUUGCCGUUUUGAGUGUCGUAGAGGGGCAAGUUCUGUUGCCCAUCCCAGCCAGGUUGUAUACCGGUAUCCGAGGAAGAGUGUUCCGGUUAUUGUUCCGGUUAAAGUUACUGCCUAGCAUUUCAUUCGAUUAAGCUCCUUGCAUUGAAAAUGAGUGAUAGGUUGUAGGUAGACGGCCUCACUUUGCAUGCUUAACUUCGACAUCCAAUCGAGGAAAUUGUUGGUUGUACAAAGUUGAAACAUUUGGUGAUUUGGUGAUUUUCAUAGGUCUGGUGUUUAUAACAAUAGAAAGCCAUGUCGCUUGAGAAUAUGUAGAGACACGGCCAGCCCUUGCCACUGAAUUCGCAAGGCAGCAACAACAUUCCAGACACAUACAUUCGUGUAAAUUUAUACGAAAACUUUCUUUCCUACUUGUGCAUGGCCACAGCACAUUGUACGACAAUACAAAGAGGAGGGGACGUUGGACAAGCUAGCUAUAACGUCCAAUUCUGCAUAUGCAGAAACUGUUGUGCAUCAGAAAAUACUGACCUUGAUUAUUGCUUGUGGCUUGUAAGAGACCUUCCUAUUACCGGUAUCGGCUAACCGCGCCUUUUUGCUCGUGAUUGACAGCAUAUCCUCUCGUCGUAUUAGCUACGCUUAUCGCGACUAAGCGUUAUCACACAGCGCUCCUUCAGUGUUGGAGCAUUUAGGCUCAUACUUUUAACUACAAGUCUUCGAAGCCUGCGUCGCGAAACCCCAACUGGAUUGAAUGGGGGCUGGAUGCUCUAGUGAACAGGCAGCAGCCACAGCACAGGCUCCUACCACUGAAACCGCGAAGGCCACCCCGGCCCUAAGCAAAGAGAAGGGGCCAGCCGCCUCGGCCAAGCCGGAGGAGACUGCUGCACCAGCGAAGGCUGCAGCACCGGAAGAAGCUACAGCAGCGAAGGGCUCUCUAGCAGAGGAGGCAAGCACGCAGGAGGAAGCCCAGGAUGGCUCCGGCGAGGAAAAGAAGGACCAAGGGGCUCGCUAUGACGCCCUGAAACGUUGUUUCGAGGCCCUGGAUAAAGACAAGUCGGGGACGAUCGACGGCCGGGAGCUCAAGCAGUACCUGUUCAAGUCGGGUGUCACCGCCGCCCAGCUGGGUGACCGCGCUGCCGACCUGAUGGCCAAGAUGGACCUCAACUGUGACAACCUGGUGUCGCUGGAGGAGUUCACGCAGAUGAUGGAGGCGCUGCUGGCCGACAAGAGCGACGAGGACCUGGAGGUGUGGGUGGCGGAGGUGGCGUUCACGGCCACCAGCAGGGGCAUCACGGGCUUCGGAAACAGCCUGGGGGAGCUGCUGGCGCAGCUGGCCUUCACCGACAAGCAGGUCGCGAAGCUCAAGCAGGUCUUCACAACUGCGGAUCGGGACAGCUCCGGUUUCGUGGAGCUUCCGGAGCUCAAGCUGAUGCUGGGGAAGUCGGGACUGGACUUGGCCAACACGUCAGAGGAGGUUAUCACCCUCAUGUCCAAGCUCGACAAGAACGGCGACCAAAAAAUCUCCGAACAGGAAUUCCUCGUCACCCUAUCGGCCGUGCGCAAAUCCCUCAAGUCCGAUACCCGAUUCAUGGAGCUCUUAGACAAUUUGCUGGACGUUGCCAAGGACCCAGGACACGCGA